AUGUGUGAAUCUGGUCCAAGUUUGGUCUUGAAUGAUAUUUUAGAUGUUCCACAAGUUCACUUCAGAAUCUGGCCCACAUCUGGUAGAACUAGAGGACACAUACUUAAUGAAUUUUGUUUUUUACAGGAAGUAUUGAAUAAGGUUGGAGCCGUGCUGUGGUUGGAUAUUCAGUAUACCUUUAAAAAAAGACUGCCUAGUCAUCUGUUGAAGAGAGCAGAAAGAGAUGGUUUGGUGAUGUGGAAAGUUGAUCAUCCAACGUCGUCUUUAACACAUCAAAAAAUGUUCGAUUACUUCCGGGUAUCACAGGUUUACUACUAUUUCCACCGCAUGGUUGAGUCUAGUCAUUUAAUUCUGUACAACACGGAAACUGUUCAUUACAGGUUAAUGCUGCCAUGGGUUCGGUGUGCUCUUACGUUGGACUGUAUUGCUCCUAUUGGUUCUCAACGGUUUGGCUGUAGGUUCAACAAAAAGCCUUUAUAUAGAUAUUCAGGUUGUCAUCGCUACGAUAUGUCGGCAUUAAACGUGGUUUUGGGUUUGAUGUAUAAUUUUGAUUCUCACAGCUAUGCAGCUGGCGAUAAAGACAAGUUUUUUGGUCUGGUAAAACAAGAAUUUGUUUCAAAAACUUUACAGCACUCAUCGAGGGAAAACACAACCCAGUUCACAGACAAUAAAGUUCAUGAAACAACGUGACUUGGGAAAAACAACUGAUGCCAAAUAAUGAAGCUUUCAUCUUUAUUCUCCCAUGUUUAGUUGAAGAAUUAAGCACAAUGACAAAUAAAUGCACCUCAUGUAAUUUUAUUGUUUUUAUCAAGACUAUAGAUACAGGUUGCUACACAUCAUGGGAAGCAGGACUAUGCUUAAGAAGAAACCGUAUCGGAAUACGGUAUUUCUUUCAGUUUUGAUGAUAUACACCAUUGAUUCAGUACAAGAUUAUGUGCACAAUAUACAUACUGAUGGUUUUGUUUAGUACAAAAUAAAAAUAAUCAAAAGAAGAUACACACAAAGUACAUAUAAUGUUUGAAAUGGGAAAGUAAACUGAACUAAGGGAGAAAGCAACUAACUGGGGUAGACUAUCUUUCUGUAGAAUUCAAGCAAAUGCUGAAGUUGUAGUCUCUUUAUUACUAUUAUAAGGCUAAAAACUGGCAAAAAAAGAUUUUAUUUUUCCUCCUCUUCCCUACAUUUACUCUAGUAAUUAAUUAUCAAAUUUAUUUAAAUGAGUUUGAUGUUGGUUAUAUAUAUAUAAUUUUUUUUCACAAGUGCGAUUAGGGUCAUAGCACUAUAAGUACUUUUCUUAAACAGUUAGGGUUGUAUUUGUACAUUUCUUUAUUUUAGUAAUUUAUCUGAAAAACUAUGCUAGUAUUCCCUUUUUGUGGAUAAUGUCCAAGGUGAUGAAUUGUAAUCCUCUCAUUGGAAAGCUGUGUUAGAACCGGAAAGAAGCAUGUGGUUACAGUUGUAACUGUGGAAAGCUGUGUUAUAACCGGAAAGAAGCAUGCGGUUACAGUUGUAACUGUGGAAAGCUGUGUUAUAACCGGAAAGAAGCAUGCGGUUACAGUUGUAACUGUGGAAAGCUGUGUUAGAACCGGAAAGAAGCAUGCGGUUACAGUUGUAACUGUGGAAAGCUGUGUUAGAACCGGAAAGAAGCAUGUGGUUACAGUUGUAACUGUGGAAAGCUGUGUUAUAACCGGAAAGAAGCAUGCGGUUACAGUUGUAACUGUGGAAAGCUGUGUUAGAACUGGAAA